AGAGCUACAGUGGAGAGUUGGAGAUCUGAACAGUUUUGCCCUCCAUCAUGUGGUGCAAACAGUCAUUAUGAGGUGUGUGCUCCACCCUGCCAGCAAACCUGCAGUGGUCUCACUCCUCCUGAGGGCUGUGAUGAGAGCGCGGCCUGCAGUGAAGCCUGUGUGUGUGACGAGGGAUUCAUGUUGAGUCAUGACAAGUGUGUGCCUCUGGCAGAGUGUGGCUGUCAGUACGGAGGACAGUAUUAUCAAACUGGACAGGUGUUCUAUCCAGGAGAGUCAUGUAACCUUCAUUGUGUGUGUUCGGAAGGAGGAGAUACACAAUGUGAUUCUAACUUUCAGUGUUCAACCAGCGAGAAGUGUAUUGUGGAAGGGGGUUUUGCCUCCUGUUCUCCCAAAACUAUUGGUUCCUGUUCUGUAAGUGGAGUCAGGACUGUCAGGUCCUUUGAUGGACAGGCAUAUCCUCUGUGGGGCAACUGUUUAUUCACAUUGGCAGGAGUGGAGGAGAAGGACGGAGGUAUGGCAGCCUUCUCUCUAUAUGUACAGCAGAAAACCCAUAAGGAUGGUACUGUCGUUCGUAGUGUGGAGUUGCAGGUCUAUGGCAUGGAAAUCACUAUGGAGACUGGUGUUGUUUGGGAAGUCAAGGUUGAUGACAUCAGAGUCUCCCUUCCUGUGUCUCUGGCUGAUGGAAAAGUGCGAGCACAUCAAAAUGGCAUCAACAUCAUCAUUGAAACUGACUUUAAUCUGAAGCUGAGCUAUGACAGUGUGGCAGGCGUGUUACUACAAAUCCCAUCCACCUUUGGCAGCUCCCUACAUGGUCUCUGUGGAAACUUUAAUGGUAACCUGACUGAUGAUCUGGCAUCAGGAGGUAAGGGUCCAUCAGACACAGCAGCAGUUUGGGUAGUAAAGGAUGACACUCCAUGUGACACACGCUGUGGUGCCGGUUCCUGCCCUGGGCCAGAUGAACAGAAGGUCCCAGAAGCCAAAAAGGCCUGUGACAUCAUCAAAGCUCAGCAAGGCCCAUUUGAAGGUUGCCACUCAACAGUGUCCCCAACUCCUAACUACGAUGCUUGUGUCAGGCAAGGAAAUAUCUGAGCAUACGUCUAAUGUCAAAGUGAUGCAUUACAUACAUUAAUUC